GGGAGAGUCCCAUUGGCAUUCUUUAACAUCUUGGUUGCUCUCUUGCGUUCAGAAAGUUAUCUGUAGAUCAGGAAGACAAAAAGACGCUCCUGAGCCUUGGUGUCACUCGACAGGAUUCUUUAAGGUCAGGUGUCAAUGGUGAAAUGGAGUUUGCGUCAGCUUGGAUCCUGUCUGCUUCAACUCUACCAUUUCUGUGUUUCUUUUGGGGCACGCAUGCCCAGCAGGCCUUCAGGACUGAGCCCAGGAACCUCACUGUGCAGAUGGGAGCCACAGCUGUGCUGAAGUGUGAGGUCCUGAGGGCCUCGGGGAUUGUGCAGUGGGCGAAAGACGGCUUGCUUUUGGGACCUCAGAGGAGCCUGCCAGGCUUCCCACGCUACAGCAUGAUCGGGAAGAGAGGACAAUAUCAUCUCAGGAUUGAAAUUGCCCAACUUGAAGAUGACGCCUUCUUUGAGUGUCAAGCUGGCCAGUCUGAGAGCAGUGAUGCAAUUGUCUCCAGUCUUGUCUUUCUCACAGUACAAAUUCCUCCAUUGAAGCCAUAUUUCACCAUGGACUUGACAACACCCUGGGUGGCUGGAAAAAAGUACUUGGUUGAGUGCGUGGCUCCUGACGCGAAGCCUGAAGCUGAUAUCAGUCUGUAUAAAGAUGGAGUCGAUCUGACAGGUGUGAUGUCUUUUACCACAUCUGGCUCAAAGGAUAAGCUUCUGAACACGCACGCUGAAGUAACGAUCACUGCUCUGAGAUCUGACCAUGGGAGAGAACUGACAUGUCACGCCAACAAUGAAGCCGUUUCCCAGCCUGUGAUGACCACGUUGACCAUGAAUGUGUAUUACCCACCUGAGCCUCCAUAUAUUAUUGGUUUGGACAGAGAUGAGUUUAAAGCAGGAAGACUACUUGUGUUGGAGUGUGUGUCCCAUGGUGGAAACCCGCUAGCCACUCUCCAAUGGACUAAGGAAGAUGAAGUUCUCUCAACAACCUGGGGAGAGGAAGUCAUGGGCCAGAAGUCCAGAAAUAUACUCAGACUAAAGAUCACCCCUGCUGACAACCAGGCAGAGCUGAGUUGUGAAAGUGCCAAUAUUGUCUCUCUGUCUCCUCUGUCCAUCACCCACAAAAUAACAGUGUUCUUCGAUCCAGAGGAGCUGACGCUGUCGGGUUCGCUGGAGGCCGUCGAGGGGCAGGAGUUGAAUCUGAGCUGCCAUGCUUCCUCGAGUAAUCCCCCCGUCACAAUUCGCUGGUGGCUGGGGUACAAGGAGCUCAACAACACCAUUGUCAAAAUGGAAGAGGGAGAGAACGGAGGGAUGACAACCACCUCCAAUGUGAUCCACCGGGUCUCUCGGGAGGAGAACGGACUAAGGCUAAUCUGUGAGGCUUUUAACAACGGCACACACUUCUCCAAAAUCCAGGCCGCUAAACUCACUGUAUACUAUCCCCCUCAGAAAGUCUUUAUUGAUUCGCCGCCUGAGGAUGUCCCCCUUCGCGCGGGCACCAGUGUCUUGCUUGUUUGCCACUCAACUGGAGGGAAUCCUCCUGCAAAACUCACCUGGUUUAAGAAUGAAAAAGGAGCUUCCAAUGCACAGCCACAGACGACCUCUCAUAUGGUUGUAACUCGGGUGCUCAACCUGCUUCUGACAGCGAGUGACAACCAGGCUGUUUACCGCUGUGAUGCCACAAAUGAGGCAAAGACAACAAUCUCUGCACAAACUAAGCUCCUGGUUCACUUUACAGCAGUGAGUAUGAAGAUUACAGCCAAAGAAGAAGUGCUCCGCCAAGGACAGGAGGUCAAACUGGAGUGCUUUUCUGGGAGCAGCAACCCAAAGUCUGACGUCUUCUGGAAUAUGGGCUCAAUGAGGUUCCAGGGAGUUGAGGAGGCACCUAAGACGGCUCUGUUCGGGGGUGUUUCUGUGGUCAGUAGGCUAUACCUGAAUUUGAGUUCACACCACCACAACCAGAAGGUGAUCUGUCAGGCCUACAGCCCUGUGUUGGAAGAGGGAACUAACACAUUUUACCAACUGGAUGUGCUGUAUCCACCUGAAUUCAGUCCCAAGCAGACAACAGAAGUCCAGGUGGUGGAGGAUGAAGCCGCAACCAUCCCCAUGAUGGUCUCAGCUAAUCCUGAGGUGCUGUCCUGCAUUUGGCUGCACCGCAGGCAGACGCUGGUCAAAGGGGAAGAUCAGCGCCACCAGUGGUCAGAUGACCACUCUCUGGAGAUUAGGAAUGUGACGAGGAAGGACGCCGGAGUUUACACUAUCAAAUGUGAAAAUGAUGAAGGUGUCAACCAAACCACUGUCAAGCUGGAUGUUCUUUAUGCUCCCAGUGUCAAAGCAGAGAAAGACCCUGUGUUUGUUAACCUGGGGGGAACAGCAGACCUGAUAUGUGUGGCAGAUGCCAACCCCAUUAUUCCUGGCAUGUUCUCUUGGAAAUGGCUGGGAGAGGAAGAGGUGGAGAUAGGAGAGGAGCUCCAGGAAGAUGAAUCAAGCAUUCUGACCAUUCAUAAUGUGACUCGGGCUCAUGCUGGUCUAUACCAGUGUAUGGCCAGCAAUGGCAUAGCACUCCCUGCCAGUGUGGAAAUGCAGCUGGUAGUCCAAUUCACACCGAAGCUUCGAAAAGGACACCAAUGGAGGAAGGUUGCCAGUCGAGGGGAUGGUACUACAACAGCUGAGUUGGUGUGUCAGGCAGAGGGCAUUCCUCGUGUAGACUUCACCUGGGAAAAAAAAGGGAUGCUCAUAGAUUUGGCAAACCCCAGGUAUGAGGAGAGGACAGCGAGGGAGGGUUACUUCCACACCAGCACGCUGCGAGUGGUAAAUGUGAGCGCCAUUCUGGACUACGCUUUCUUCAGCUGCACCGCUCGCAACUCACUUGGGGACGACAAGCUAGACAUCCAGCUCGUCAGCACAAAUCACCCAGAUCCACCUUCAUCGUUUGGUCUAGUCAGUGUUACUCAUGACUCCGUCACUCUAGAAUGGAUCCCUGGCUUUAAUGGGGGUUUGCAGCAAAGAUUUCGCAUAAGAUACUACUGGGACCAGUCCAUCAGCUUCAUGUAUGUCGAUGUCUUUCCCCUUGAUGCAACAACCUUCACUGUUACCGGUCUGCAGCCACUCACCACCUACAACUUCUCAGUUAAUGCCCUCAAUACAAUAGGGGAGAGUGGCUAUGCUGAUAACGGUGCAGUACUGACCAUCACCACGGCGGGGAAGGUAGAACUGGAUGGGGAUCUAUUGGAUGAUAAGACAGUAGCCCCGAGUGGCCUGCCAACCCAUUUGACUGUGGCCUUCACAGUGGUGUUCGGAGUCCUGCUGGUGUUGAAUUCGCUGGGCUGGUUCUUUGGGCGGAAGUGGAAGAACAGACGUGACAAAACAAAAGCAGAAAGGGACAGCGCGGUGAAUAGAGAGAAGAGUGAAGGGGAUGUGUCAAGUCAAUCAACUGUUAGCAACUCCAAUAAAUAUGAGAGCAGAGAAAAAAUCAACACCGGAGCCCAACGCACCCUCCUCACUGACUCCGGAUCCGAAACAGAAAACAACAUCUACGAGAGCUACACAGCGCAGUUUCAGGAAGACUCCCAUUAUUAUUAUCCCACUGGUGACUACAAGCCCUCCCUUGGUCCACACCCUGAGGAAAGACGUGGCCUUGGUGCCAUCCCUGUGAACUUUGAAAGCCAUUUGUAUGAAGAUGUGGGAGAUGAAAGAGCGUACAAGGACACACUGGCUUCCUCCCUUCCUUCUUACCCUCCAUUUUACUCUAACCACAGACAGACUCCGCAAGCAGGGGACUGGAGGUCACCAACCUACCUUCAGGGUAUCAAGAGAGCAGAGCAGGUCACGAAUGAUCAACAACAAGAGCGGGAUUAUGAUCUACCCUUCGAACUGCGAGGAGAAUUAGUCUAGAGUGAAACAAUGACCUCAAUUCAAUACCUUCUUGACUCAGUAGACAUUGUGUAAAAUAUUGUGUCGGAAUAUUCACUCCUGUCUUAAUUAUUUUAUUUUUCUUGAACUUGAUCAAAUUUACCUAGAAUGAUUUGAUUAGGAGCAAAAAACCAAAUACUGAAGCUAUUUACUUUUAAAGUUGUUUUUUUUUACUUUUUCUCCUUAAAAUAAUAAAUUGACCUUCCCCUGCCCAGCCUUGAAUUGAAAACUUGCACAGAAUAGAAGAGAUGAAAAAUGUCGCAGGAAUUUAAAAGAAAUAUUUGAACGCUUCAGUCACCUCAAUGCAAUCAGGAAUGUCAAAAUGAUAAAAUGCAUUUUCCCUCAAUACAGAUGCCUAAAUCAUACUAUAGUUUCGACUUCUAUUCCUCUUUUCAUUCCCCCUUUAACCUUCUGCCUCUUUCUCAGAGCUGACUCAUGGUCGCUACCCACAGUCCCCACCGCCCUGCUGGCCUGCAGGUAGACAUGAAUCAGUCGGUUAGAAACAGAAAUGAACUGACAUGUGUGCGGUUGGCACUGGAGCAGAAGCAACAGAGGCUCACGGUGCCACCCAAGCAGACAUCAUCCUUUUAACCCAUCUGACAUUAAUAUUUUCUAGUGUGUAUCCAGAUGAGAACCUGAUGACAGGGCCUUCUCCCUCCCCCUGUCGACCACAAAGACUUUCAGAUCUGACAGCUGGUCUUAUGGAGUCCCUACAAUGGGAUCAUGCUGAGCAGUAUUUAGCACACUUUCGUCUUAAGAAGAGAGGAACCGUAUUCGUGGCCAGACUUUAUAAUUCUGUUUUGUCUCGGAGUGGAAUUCGGCUCGCAGCGUUGGUGGAGGGGAGAAACCAUGCUGGGAACUUACAGUCAGAGAGAAACUGAGAUGAGAAAAGGGUUAAGCUAAACCUCAACUGUGGCUACUGUGACAAAAAGAUCUUCUCUCCUUCAUGCAAAAGGUGCUUUUUGGUCUUUAUUAUUAAAAUAUUAAAUCAAAAGGUAUGUACACAAAUGAAAGAGAAGUUAUUAUAAUAUUCUUCUUGUGCAAUAUAUCAUGCACAGUAAAAAUGUUUAUUAAAAACACCAAGUCAAGUCAAAACUCAGUAUACGAGGUUGAAUUUGAAAUUAUAUUUCUGGUGUUGUUAGUUCCCAUUAUAGACAUGCAGAAACAUACAUUAAGGAAGCAUGUGGCUAUUUUGACAGUAAUCUGUUUAGGUAAAAAAAAGAAAAUGUCUUGCUUAAACCACAGCUGCUCUGACUCUCCCAAUAAUUCAUAGUGACUACAGUAACUUGCAAAAAGAUUAAUGUGCCUUAAAAUUUUUCACAUUUUGUCAUGAUACAGCCACACACAUGAGUUUAUUUAACUGGGAUUUUAUCAACCAUAUCAACAAAAUGUAGCCCAUAAUUGUGAAGUAGAAGGAAAAUUAUACAUGGUUUUUAGAAUGUUUUACAAAUGAAGUUCUGAAAAACAUUGUGUGCAUUUGUUUUGAGUCUCCUGUAAUAUGAUACCCCCAAAUAAAAUUCAGUGUAACCAAUUG